CGGUCACACUGCCCUAGACAAAACAACUAAGAUUUUAAUCAUUCGGCUUAAAGCACUAGUAGCGGUCUUACCUGUUUUGUUAAUUUCAAAUAAUCACCUGUACCUGCAUCUCCAAGAUGACCAAGACCCGUGUGUAUGUUGUCGGUGUGGGCAUGACAAAGUUCGAGAAGCCCGGCCGUCGUGCUGAUGUCUGCUAUCCGGAUUUUGCCAAGGAGGCCAUCACCAAGGCUCUGCAGGAUGCCAACAUCAAGUACGAGGAGGUGCAGCAGGCGGUGACUGGUUACGUCUAUGGCGACUCCACCUGCGGCCAGCGUGGACACAUACUCCACCCUUACUGGCCAAUCUCAAUCAUGUACCAACAGUAUUUUGACCGUGCCAAUCCCAUGGAGCGUCACAUCACCGAGAUGAGCGAACUUACCGAAAUUGGACCUGGACCCAUGGCUGCUCAGAUCUUUGGGAAUGCUGGCAAGGAACACAUGAAGAAGUAUGGCACCAAGCCCGAGCACUUUGGCAAGAUCGCCUGGAAGAACCACAAGCACUCCGUCAACAAUCCCUACUCGCAGUUCCGCGAUGAAUACACUCUGGAGCAGAUUAUGAAGUCGCCUCAGGUGGUCGAGGGAGUGCUGACCAAACUGCAAUGCUGCCCCACCUCCGAUGGCUCUGGUGCUGCCAUCCUGGCCUCCGAGCAGUUCGUGCGUCGCCAUGGCCUCGAGAAGCAGGCUGUGGAGAUUGUGGGCAUGGAAAUGGCCAGUGAUCCAGCAUCCACAUUCGCAGACAAGAGCCUCAUGAAGAUCGCUGGCUACGAUAUGACUGCUUUGGCCACUCAGCGUCUGUUUGCCAAGAGCGGCUACAAGCCACAGGAUGUGCAGGUGGUGGAGCUCCACGAUUGCUUCUCCGCCAACGAGCUGGUGACCUACGAGGCAUUGGGCUUGUGCGGCGAGGGCAAGGCUGGCGAGUUCAUUGAUCGCGGAGACAACACUUAUGGCGGCAAGUUCGUGGUGAACCCCAGCGGUGGACUCAUCUCCAAGGGUCAUCCUCUGGGCGCCACUGGCCUGGCCCAGUGCGCUGAGCUGUGCUGGCAGCUGCGCGGUCUGGCCGAGAAGCGACAGGUGCCCAAUGUGCAGCUUGCCCUGCAGCAUAAUCUCGGACUGGGUGGCGCUGUGGUGGUGGCUCUGUAUCGCCUGGGCUUCCCAGCGGCCAACAGUGUGAUGCACAAUCUGACGGCUGCUGCCAAGGCGGCCACCAGUGAGGAUGGCUUCAAGGUGGCGCCGCUGCUGAAAGUGCUCGAGCAGGCCAUGCAGGAGGACAAGGAUAAUCUGAUAGAAAAAGUGCGCGCCGUCUAUGGCUUCAAGGUGAACAAUGGACCCCAAGGCCAGACUGGCUUCUGGGUCAUCGAUGCCAAGCAGGGCAAGGGCAAGAUCGUUUUCAAUGGCACACAAAAAUGUGAUGUCACUUUUAUCAUCAGCGACGAGGAUGUGUUUGAGCUGCUGACGGGCAAGCUGCCGCCACAGAAGGCCUUCUUCCAGGGCAAGAUUAAGAUUCAGGGCAACAUGGGCUUUGCCAUGAAGCUGAUGGAUCUGCAGCGCUCCGCACAGGGUCGCAUUGAGGAGCUGCGCUCGAAGUUGUAAGAAAUCCGAGUGGGGUUGAUGCAGCGAUUGUCUACAUUCCGUCUGUCGUUUGUGCCUUUUGUGUCUUUGGCAAUUCUCUUUUCGGCUUUGGAUCUGUUGAACCGCUUUUUGUACGAUUUUUGUAUUAUUUUUCUAGAGAUUAAAAUUGUUAUAAAUUAAA